AUGGCCGACGUCGAAAGCAACGUCGCAGACGAGUCGUUUGCGCAGUCCGAACCCCAGGACGACCAGCCUGCGCACAGCACGGUCAGCGCGACGGUCGGCAUAAGACGUCAGGCGAAUGGCACUAUUGGCUCCGUCUACUCGGGAAACAAAAUCAGGCAUCUGAAGAAGGAAGAUGGCAUGCCGCUCUGGCGCAAGGACAUCCAGUACCAGUUUCUCAAACUUGUCUUCGAGGAUAAAACACCGGUCUUCACUCGCUGGUCUGAUGGCAAGAAGAACUUGGAUUUCGCGGAUAUCUACAUCGAUGCGAUGGCGAGGAGCAGUAAGACGAGCAAGAUUCUCAAGGACAAACUGCAGAGCGAUAAGCAAGCUGCCAUCAAUAUGGCGAUGGUUUGUCUGCUUGUUAACUUUGGGAGGAUGAACACCACUUUGAACUUUUUCCCAGAAAUGCGCGCUCAACUACGGACUUAUCACUCCAUUCCUUCUUUGCAGGCGCACCAGGACCCCAACGCAUACAAGCAGCUUCAGGAUGCUCCCCGUCUCAAAUCCAUCCUCAAGGGUGCGUCAGAGGAUGUCGACCAGCCGAAUACGCUCGAGAAGAUCAAGCGCCAUCCCAUCCCUCGAACUAAUCCGGUGCACCUCAUCUUUGUCCUCGCACAGUAUGCUCCCAAGGUGUCGGAGUUGCACUUCUUCCCUCCCCGCGAUUUCUUCGACCUGGUCAUGAGAUCCACGCUCAGCAGUAAGAGCCGUGCAAGAGCUUUCUUAUGGCUGAUGUGGUGGUAUCUGGAGAGUGAUUACUCGCGUGAAGCCGCCCUUAACAACCCAUUCGGCGCGGGCCAGGAUGGUGAAGGAACCGAGGGCCUGCCAAUCAAGGUGCCCAGCUUCGAGAGCCUCACGGAAGAGCAGGCAAACGAGGAAAACGUGGAUACGCCCUCUGAAAUCGAAUACGGAGAAACAAAACGCUUGGAGCGUAAACGCAUUCUGGAAGAGGACGAGCCAUUACCCAGGCCGCCGAAGCGUCCCCGAAAGGCUCCGUUUGACUACUUAUACAGCGACAGGGUGGUCACGGGAGAAGGUCCUUCGUACGAAGAUUAUAAUGGAACCAGCUCUAUGCGGCCGCCUUCCAAGCGUCCAGCGGAUCAGGAUGAAGGCUAUUUGACGCCUACUCAAUCAUCGCGUUCUGAGUCCAAACGACCCAAGCGGGAGUCGUCUGUCAACCGCUCCGUCGGUCAGCAGCGACUGAUUUUGAAGACGAAGAUGGAGCAGACCCCCGACGCCUCCUCGCCGGCCCCUCCAGGAUCAAGUCAUCCGAUUCUGAAUAGAUUCGUGACCGAAUCCACUAUUGGUCAGCCUCCCUCAGCUCGCCGCCCUCGACCACUUACCCAGCACCAGUUGGCUGUCGAACAGAAUCGGCGCCAGCGUAUCGAUUAUCUCCUGGCCAAGCGUAGAACCGAGGUUUACCGGAUUUUACGAUCGAAGAGAGAAAGUGAAAUGCCAUUCGCACGCUACGGUCGCUUAUUGCAAGGUCUUCCGGAAGGUUACGACACUGAGGACGAGGAGGUCUCAUGGGGCAAAGGUGGCUUGAUCCCUCACCACGAGGAAGAAGAGGACUUUGGAGAGUCCGCGGGCUACUUCUUAUCUGUGAUCCGUAAGGCCUCCAGAAGGCUUGACCGCUGGGAUUAUGAAAACGCGAAUGGUCCGAAGAGAGACCGGAAGAAAGAGAGAGAGGAGCGCCAGAAAGCCAGGCAGAAUGGCUAUGCCAUGGAUGCCCUUGACCUGAGUGGGCGAGCCUCGAUGUCCGCUCGUAGCAGAGCCCGUGCUGCGCGCAAUGCGAGACGAAAGCUCGCCGAAGCAGAGGCUGGUGGUGCGGCGGCCGGCGGCGAGGCCUCCAAGGGGCAAACUGCUUCGUCCUCCCGCUCCAAGAGCAGCCGAAGUCGCCCUAGCCGCGCUGCUGGAGGUGCCUCUUCAGGUGUGGCAGGCAAGGAUGAUCUCGACGUUCCUUCGCAAGAUCAGGAGCUCUCACCGUUGCCUCCUUCCAUCCGUCUGGCCGAUGAGGAUGCCGAUCUCGACGGCGAAGGUCUUGACGACCUGGAUCGUGAACUGCUAGGGGAAGGAAGUGGCGAUGAGGAUGAUGCUGCGGAUCGCGACGAUCGUUCUUCGCGCCCCGCAGAGCCUGGUUAUGAGGAUAGUUUCAUGGGCGGUGAUGCGGAUGACGACGUAGAAGCGUUAUCCUCCGACGACGAAGUUGACGAUGAGGAGGAUCUCGACGACGGAGAGGGUGGAGUCGACGUGGACGAAAACUCCUCGACUUUCGAGGGUGGAAAUGGAUACGCUGCCAGCGAGACCUCUUCUGUUGCUGGUGAUACUACCGCUGUCCUAGACGAGGGCAAAGAGUAG